AUGCGCAAGAAGCGUCCCUGCGGCAUGCCCACCCGAGUCGGCUGCGCCCUCUGUGGUGCUCAUCUAUCGAAGCUGCGCUGCCCUUCCUGCACUACGGCUCUCCCCUCUGAGCGCGCUUUAUCCAAACACCUCCCCAUCUGCCCCGCCGCGCGACGGAUACGAAAGGAAAGGGAGCAGCCGUGGUGCGUACCAGCCUGUAACAUCUACCGCCAAUCCGUCAGCUAUAAGCAAACCCUCUAUUCCAAAUCCCCACUCCAACUCGAUGAGAUAGAACAUGUUAUGAAAACAGUCCAACGUCUGCUCUCGACAGGAAAGGACAGCCUUGCACCGCCCUGGGUACCUACGCUUCCUGUCCAGCGUAGUUUUUUACUUGAGGAGGAUGCAGAUAUCGCAGCCGAAUGGGCCGACUCGCGAAACUCUCAGAUGAAGUUAGAGCCCAAGCAUUUCGCCCAGUUUGGUCCACUUGCCGCUUCUCUACUUCAUCAUCCGCCCACCGACAAGCUCGCCGUCCUCGAGCUUGGCGCCGGUCGCGCCUACACAAGUCUCUACGUUGCUCAUGUGCUACACAAGCGCGGCCUUCCGGCCAGCUUCGUAGCGGUCGACCGUGCAGGGGGGCGCCACAAGGCGGACAGGACCAUUCGCAACUGGGUCGACAAUGCCGACAGCCCGCUGAGGACAUUCAGGAGAAUUAAAUGCGACGUCGCAGACUUUAGAAUACGUGAAGUGGACGAGAUUAGAACGGCCACCGAUGUGCGCCUUAUCGGUAAGCAUGUGUGCGGAGCGGCGCUGGAUGCAUCGCUCAAUGCUGCGACAAAUUUUGCGAGAGAAGAGCGCAAAGGUGCGGGGGAAGUUAGACUGAUUUUCGCUUGCUGUUGUAGAAGGCUUUGUAGAUGGGACUGGUUGGGGGAGGCCCAGAAGAUAUGGUUGGAUUGGGGGGUUGACGACAAGUUUUAUGAAGUGAUUUGUCGCCUCGCACAGUGGGGUCUCGAUCAAAAACAGGCACAGGAAUACGCUGAGAUCGGGAAAAAGUGUAGGCUUCUGCUCGAUAUGGGUAGGGUGCGAUGGUUGCGGCGUCAGGGAUGGGACGCGUACUGCGGAGAGUACACAACGGCAAGCCCAGAGAAUAGAUGCAUUGCAGCCGUUUGGAGAGGUGUGUAA